GGUAUUAUAUCGGAGCCAUUGAUCAAACAUAGCAUCGAGGGGAAGUGGUAUGAGUACGCUGAUGCAGAUCGAAGUGAUGCCAACGAGGCAGAUAAGGAGCAACUCUCAAAAGUCGAAGAGAAAGCGACGUAUCUUCUUAGCCGGGAUAUUGAUGUUCAUAAUCAGUGUCAGUUUUCAUAUUGCCUUCCAUUGGAAAUAUUCCUGGUUUCGAAGCAACCACUGAAGGAAGGGGAAUAUUUUUGGUUCAGAAUGGAAUCUAAGCGAAAUGCCUCCGAAGCAGGCUGGUUGAAUACGGUGAUUGUGCAAGGAACUGCGGGCGAUCGAAUAAGCGCUAUGCAAAUGUUUAUUCAACGAUCGCCUGUUCACGCACUCUCACAUCUGAACACGCUUGUGUCCAGAGUGCAGAAAAAGAAUCCUCGAGAGGCAUUCUCUAUUUUGAGUGUUCUGAAGGAAUUAUUUAUCAACGAGAUUCUACCGCCAACACGAAAACUGAUUCCUCUUUCGAAGAGACCCGUUGGUGAACUGGAGAAGCAGUUGGAGAAAGGUGAAAAAGCUGCAGAGCGACGGUUGAUUAUGUGGAAGUUUGAGUCGGAUUUAAAGAAACUCUAUGAGAAUUUUGUGAUGGCACUGGAGAGUCUUUCAAAUGGAAUGGUUGUGAACGUUUGUGCGGAAGCAUGUCGAGCAGCACUGGAUUUGUUGAUUGAACGACCUGAGCAGGAACAGAGGCUAUUGACAUUGUUGGUGAAUAAAUUGGGCCAUCCGAAUCGUAAAUUUGCGAGUCGUUUAGUUGGAUAUUUAAUGAAACUGACCCAGAAACAGCCCAAUAUGAGGCCGAUUGUCGUGAAAGAAGUGGAGCGUCUUAUUUAUAGAAAGAACAUCUCAUGUCGUGCUCAACUCUACGCAGUUACGUUCCUUGCGCAAAUGCAACUGAAUGCUGGCGAUGUGGAAUUGGCCGCCUCACUUCUGACAAUUUAUAUUGGUCUCUUCCGAAUUUUGAUUGCGAAACAAAAAAUAGAUGAUAAGAUUAUUUCGGCACUGUUGACUGCAACGAAUCGUGCGUUUCCAUAUGCGAAAAAUGAAGCCGAACGUUUGACGAAAGAAAUCGAUACUCUGUACAAAGUGUUACAUCAAUCAAAUUUCAACACUGCGCUUCAAACAUUGAAACUUUUACAUCAGUUAUUGGUGACGAGUGAAGGCAUAUCGGAUCGUUUCUAUUCAGCUUUCUAUCGAAAACUAUUGGACGUUGAGCAUAGUGCCAAGCAGCAAAGUCAAUUGUUCGGAUUGCUUUAUAAAACAAUGAAGAAUGAUUCCGAAACGCAACGCGUUAUUGCGUUCAUUAAACGAAUGUUGCAGUUGUCCGUGAAUCGGAGUGCAGCAUUCGCAGCUGCAACUCUUGUGGUUAUAUCGAAAUUGAUUGAAGAGCGACCAUCCUUAAUAUUGGUGUCAAAGUCGGCCAAUGUAAGUUAG